GAAUACUUUUCAAUAAAAAUAUAAUUCUGGGUAUAAACUUCCUAUCAUGAUCACAAUUGUCAUAUAGCAAGGAAGAGCUUUCAAGGUUGUUUCAGUUCUGGAUUUUCUGAUGCAUGGUGAUUUUAUUGGUUGUUCUUUCUUUUUUCUGUUUUGUUGUCUUCAAGGUGGAUGGGAUUAGAUUAGAUGAGAUGAGAUGAGACAGUUUCUCUCUUCUUAUCCUUAAAACUUGUCUGUUUCUUUUUCUAUUUUUUUGUCUGCAUGUAUAGAUAGGUAGCUUAGCCAUUACAUUUCUAUUUCUCAUUAAUGUUUUUGCUUUUUUCUUUAUCUACAAAUACUAGAUGGUUUUCAUCUUCAUGUUAUUAUGGUUUUUUGGUUUGUUUUACCUUGUUUUGUUGAUGGUGAUGCAGAAAAAUAUUGAAGGCUGAAUAUAUUGUGUUGUGAAUGGCAUCAACAUCUUGUGUUAUCAAGAGUCCAUUAGCUAUGAAAGAGACGGGUUCAAGCUGUGGUCAGUAUCCUCCUCCUAUGGCAACGUAUGAAGAGGUUGUGGACAAUCCUAAGCUCUUUUUGCAUAGCUUGGAGAAGCUCCAUGCUACAAUGGGCACCAAGUUCAUGAUUCCCAUUAUUGGGGGAAAGGAGUUGGAUUUACACCGCCUCUUUGUUGAAGUGACUUCUCGUGGAGGGAUUGAGAAAAUCAUUAAGGAUAGAAAAUGGAAAGAUAUAACUUUAGUUUUCAAUUUUCCAUCAACGGCAACAAAUGCUUCUUUUGUGAUGCGGAAGUACUAUACUUCAUUACUCUACCAUUAUGAGCAAAUCUAUUAUUUUAAAGCUCAUAAUUGGACUCAUGCAGCUUCAGAUGUUUUGCAGAGUCCAUCAUCCACCCCAGUUCCUGCUCUGAAGAUGCCGUUUUCACAUCCUUCAUCUGAAGUUCAACCAGCUGUCGUUCAACCGUUAAAUGUUAAUGCUGCUGGAUUGCCUGAAGGUCUUUUCAUUUUUCUCUCAGCCGAAAAUAAGAUUAUUUUCCAACCCCAAAACCAAACAGAAGUGGAUACAAUUUCUUCUUUGCAGAACAACACGCCAGGCUAAAACCUCUUAACCAAGGGAAGGACCGAGAGAUCAGUAGGACCAUCGGUGAACUCUGGAACAAGUUAAAUGAAUCUGAAAAAGCAGUAAGGAAUUUGUUUAUCUUACAGAAUGGAAUAAACCAUUAAAAUGUUAUUCUCUCUUCAAUUUAGUUAUUAGGGACUUAAUUGAUGAUUUAUUCCACAACAUAGGCUAACAUAAUAUGCACUGUUUUGUUAUUAUGUUAACAUGUUAAGUUGCACUGAUAUAUAAGGUUUAUCAAGAACAAGCCAUGAAGGACAAAGAGAGGUACAAAACAGAAAUGGAGUGUUACCGUGAGAAGGUUUAUCUAUCAAGGUUAUCAUCCUUUUGACAGUCCUCGAUCAUUUAUCUCUUUUGUCAUAUAGCAAGGAA